GGGGGGGCAACGUCCCAACGAAAGCAGAGAAGAGCAUCAGAAAAAGGAAUGGGAAGAAGAAGCUGCAAUCGAAUCGUCCCCGAUCGUUGAAUUCUACUACCGAGAUACAUACAUACAUUUUUGUGUAGAAAUUAGAGGUUGUAAUUGAUAAUUCGGGUGGUCGUCGCAAGCCUUGCGUCUUGUCUUGAUCAAGAAGAAAGCUGUUCAUCUCUGACGCGUUUGCGAGGAGCUUAAAUCUGAUCUUCCUUCGCAGAAGGGGAGAGGGAAGACAAGUCUUUAAUCGCGCUGAUCAAAUCGGCAUCGGCCAUGGGGCAAGCCUUUCGCAAGCUCUUCGAUACCUUCUUCGGCAAUUCUGAGAUGAGGGUUGUGAUGCUUGGCCUGGAUGCCGCUGGUAAAACAACUAUCUUGUAUAAACUGCACAUUGGAGAAGUUCUAUCAACAGUUCCCACAAUUGGUUUCAAUGUGGAGAAAGUACAGUAUAAGAAUGUGAUGUUCACAGUUUGGGAUGUAGGAGGACAAGAGAAAUUAAGGCCACUUUGGAGGCAUUACUUCAAUAACACAGAUGGACUGAUUUAUGUUGUUGACUCUUUGGAUCGAGAGAGAAUUGGAAGAGCAAAACAAGAGUUUCAGGCCAUUAUAAGAGAUCCAUUCAUGCUUAACAGCAUCAUUCUGGUGUUUGCAAACAAACAGGAUAUGAGUUAUAUUUUCCAACUGGCAGCUGCCCGCUGAGGGCCCUAUUUCAUGUUUCUAUGUCAAUGGGGUGCUUCAGUUGUUUGGGUACUGCAAGCACCCUAGUUUCUCUCAUGGCAUAUACCAUGCGGCGCUGCUUGUACCUUGAGAGUUGAGACAAAUGCAUGGCCUAUCCUUUUUAUAUCUAUCUCAAAAUAUGGACUGUAUAGAUUCUUUCCAGUUUCUGGCAUGCCUGCUGUGACUGAUCUAAUCAAACAUUAGAUGGAACUUUUGUCUAUCUUCACAUCUAACUCAAAACUUCAUCAAAACCACCUUGGUUAAGAGAUGACCUCUCUCUAAUCAUCAAGUCGUUUCUUUUGGUACAUCUGAUGAUCUCAUAGUUUUGUGAUGCUGAUCCUCAUUGGCGUUAUAAGAUAUCAUGCCAAUCUUUGUAGGACCCUAAAGCCAUGUCCCUUAUUUUUUGCGUGAAAGAAACCCAAAGAAAAUCAACUUAUUUAUGCUACGAUUGCUCGCAAAGUUUCUUCAGUAGUGUAAGCAAAUACACUGAUGCAAAGUCCUAUUAAUCUCUAUUAUGUCAUCCCUUAUUAUUUGCGCGAAGGAAACCCAAAGAAAGUCAAUUUAUUUAUGCUAUGACUGCUCGCAAAGUUUCUUCAGUAGUGCAAGCAAGUACACUAAUGCAAAUUGCUAUUAA